UGCAAAAAUUUUGUGUUUUUCUCUGAUUUCUGUUCUCAAUUUUGUGGAGGCGAUCCUAAGUUGAUUUGUUGUGAUGGUAAAUAGCUCCGCCUCUCAUAGCUUUGAAGUCAGCCCAAACUGUAUUACGUCAAAAUUUGAUUGUCCUUUUUUCUUGUGGUUUCCAAAUAUUUGAUUGCUUUCAACCUAAUGUUAGCUUAGUGCAAAAAAACGUAAACAUUGAUGUAUGCAAGCUUCCUCGUUGCUAGCUGGGUUGCCAUGAUUUUUGGAAUUGUUAGCCAAUCAAAUCGCUCCUUUUCCUUCCGGAUAUAAAGCUCAAUUGACCUCCGGUGGAAAUGGCGCGAGCGUUGCCAGGGAAAUGAGCAACGCUGGGCCUAGGCGUAUUAGAGAAGUAGGUUUGUCGAGUCGAAGAAAACACAGAUUUUAAAAGAGAAAUGGUUUCCAAAGUCGAGUUGGGGAACCUCCUUGAUUUUGCAAUCGGGACGCCUGAAACUGGUGCUGUAAACUUGAAGAUACUUCAUAGUUUCCUUCACAAACUGAUAAGUCACCUCGCGGUGUCCAAUGUGGAAGUAGAGGUCAAACUUGACAGAGAAGAUGGAAGUGAUGAACCAUUGCAAAUACCAAAUAGUGAAGACAUUGAUGUAUCCAAAACGAAAAAGGCUUUUUUUUACUCUCAGGGCAAGAAUGGCUUUGAAGAAAGAAUUCACAAGCUUGAAAAUAAAAUGAACAUAUUAGAUUCAUUUGGGGAUGCAGAAGAUAUUCUUAAAUGGGCUAAUGGAAGAGAAAAUUCUGACAGUAAAGUUGCAGAUUUGUGGAAUUUCAUAAAUCUUCAGAAAAGAAUUGAAGCUACAGAAAAUGGAAUUAGAAAAGUUGGAGGCCUUGUUGAUAAAAUUUUAGCACAGUUAAAGAAUGUUUCAGACCUACAAGAUAGGAUGUUCAAAAUGGAGAAAAGGAUGAAUGAGUUUGAAAAGCUGCAAGAUGAAGUACGGAAACUUUCUGAAAAAAUUAAUAUUCUAGAUGGAGACAAGAAGAUAGAUGAACUAAUAGAAGAAUUGAAUAAUCUCAAGAAGAAAGUAGCAGGCAUGCCACUAAAGAAAGAUUUAGAGCUGUAUGUACAAUGGCCCCAUUUAGAGACAGCUUUAGAAAUCGGAGAAGUGGAAGACCCUAUCACAAAUGGACAUUCUGCAGGAAAAGAUUCAGAGAUUUCAAGUGAUUGUAUAACAUCUUCAAAGGUAGGACAGUCAGUUGCAGGCCCAUCUGCCCAAGUCCUCCAUAAACUACACGAACUUGGUGGACUUUCACAAGCUCAUUGGAUGCUUAAGGAGGAUGUUGAACGACUCAAGCAACAAAUCAACGGAAAAGCAGACAAAUCAGAUUUGGAAAACCUUUCGAAAGGAGAUGUGCCAGAAGAUUUAAUUGAGCAGUUAGACAAGUUACAUGCUGAUCUGAAUGAUAUGAACUUAUGGCGCCAGGAUGUUGAUACUGAUAGGGCAAACCUUGCGUCCAUGAAAGCUGAAUUCGAUGAAAUCAAAAAAUCUGUUGAAAAAUUGCAGACAACGAUGAAGCAUGUUGUUGAUGAGCAUGCUCGUAAGCAAAAGCAUAUUGAUACCCUGUAUGCAACAACAGACAAGCUUCAAGACUCCAAAGCUGAUAAAACAGACAUUGAAAUCCAGCUCUCAACAAAGGUAGACAAAGUGGAGUUGGAGAAUUUCGUCAGUAGGCACAGGUUUGAUGAAAAUAUUGGAAGAAUUGACGAUGCAUUGAAGGAAUUAAUAGACAAAUUUAGAUCAAACGAUGAAUCUCUGAACAAGAUGAUUUUUAAGAUCAUCAGUGAUUUGGAAGGAAAGCUUGAUCGUGACGAGUUUCUUGACUUUAAAGAAUUUAUUGAAAAUCGGCUAAAAGCUUUAAAGUCGAAAAUGAGAGAAGAGCCUGUAAUGGACGAAGACCCCGCAGCCGUUUUCAAAAAAGCGAUGCUGCAGUUCAAUUGCUUGUCAUGUGACAGACCCGUCUAUUUCUCCGGAAGUGGGCCAAUUCAAGGAUACUCUGGAUUAUCAGCUGGCAGAUCAGGCAGACCAUACACAAGCUACGACCUAGAGCAAGUCCGUCUUCUACAGAAAGCGAGUUUGAAACCGGAUGCCAAUGAUUAUACAAUGCCUAGAAGUUGUGGUGGCAGUCAUACCUCGGGAAACCCAAACAGACGAAUAUCAGCGAAACUCAACACAAAUGCAUCUGACUACGUCGAGGUGGCAGUGCCUGCUCCAACUCUAAGAAAUGAAGUGGACAUCCAGGGACAUGAUGGAAAGCUCUACAAAGGACGUGUUGAUAAGAAUGAAGAGUUCCCUGCUGUAAACAAGGGAGCAUAUCAAAAUGGAAGAAUAAAGCCAAAAUCAGCUCAUGGUGGUCGUUCGCCAAACAUGCCACCACCUGGAGAGGGUAAUUUCAUGCCAAGACGACCUAAAACCGCUGUUCAUAGAAGCACAACACCUGAUUCAGCUGAGCGACAGAUGCCACGUAGAGCGCCAUCUCCAGAUAUUGUAAUCAAUUCUUUCGAUGAACAACUUGUUGCAUCUGGGGAUUCAUAGAUAAAUUUCGUUUUCCACAUCAAAUCUAAUUUCAUUGCUAAUCGUUUUACAAGAUAUCAAUAUAUUGUAUCUCUGUUACACACUAUUUUUAGAUAUGGGUUGGGGAAGAGAUAAUUAGAUAGAAGGCUGAAGCAACCAAAGGACAAUGGAAGUGAUGCCCAAGUGAUGUAAGCCUCAGGGAAUAUUCAACAUCAUAGCGAACACUUGGCAUGGAAUUAGAACCAGGGUUUUCAGGGCUGUAACAAAACCAACCACUAUAAUUUCAAGCAUUAAUGAUUAAUGUUCUUCUGCUAUUGUUUCUAAGCAUUCAAGAAAUGAAGGAAAAUUUCACUGUAAGCCAGUUUCAUUAAUUGAUCGAGAUUAAAUUUUCGUCCAGUAGCACCUUCUUUAAAAGACAGGCUUAAUGAUUGUCCAGUCCUGUGUGUCACUCUCCCAUAUGGCACGCCUAUAACUGCCCAGAAACAAGGUCUUUCGGAUCACUAAUUGAAUUUUGAACUCAGCCUUCUAAUAUUGUCUUGCAAUUUUUCAAUAUCUGAUUUUAUUUUAAAUGUAUUUGUUAUCAUUUUUUCAAAUUUCUUUGAUGUCUUUUUAAUUUCUAUCAUUCUUUUGUUUUUUUAGACCCCCUUUAACUUUUUU